CAUUAUUAGAGUUAGUCAAAAAGCAGAUAUUUUAUAUACAAUAGUCAAUAAAUUUAUAAUAAACAUGAAUAAUAAAGAAACGGAUAAAUGCCGUCCUUAUUUGGCCCAUUUCUCCAAGGAUGAGCUGCCAGUGCUCGUAAACAGCGUCAAAGAAUUUAAGACCGAUCUAGAGCCACAGCUGCAUAACAUGGCAAAAGCGUUUGCCAACCACAAGACGGGCAAGUUACAACACAAGUUAUGCGUACAAAAGUGCGCUGUGAACAAGAGGUGCACUAAGAAGUGUAUAGAGGAAAGGAACAAACGGCUAAACGAGCCGAUAUUGGUGGACAGGGUAGAGUCAAGGUUAGGACCAAUAAUACGAACCAUAGAGCGUGGCGAGGACCCAGAUACAAUUGUAAUGAUCGAGUUACGCGAAUUUGCCUGUUCCGGCAUUGUGCUGGGCAGCUAUUCUAACUUCUUUGCCAUGUGCCGGGGCCAGACUGUAAUCGACUUGCGCAAGGCACCGCUGACGGCGGACACGUUUGAGCAGAUUUACAAGUGGAUGAUCAGAUCGAAUGUGACAUUUUUGCCUAAGGAUGUGGUGCGGUUUGUACGCGCUGCCUGUUUCCUGGAGAUGCAAGAACUGCUGGAGCAGUGCUACGCAAUGCUCGACUGCGAUGAAUUCAAGGAGUUUUGGGCCUUUUCCGUGAUGUACACGUCACGUUAUUUUCAUGAGCUAUAUCAGAUUAACCAAGCAAUGGCCACCCGCAUAUCCAAGUCGACAUUAAUCAUAAUCUGCAGUCAGGAAUUUCUGCACCUCAGCGAGAUGCAGAUAUGCGCCCUGCUUAGGUCCAGCUCUUUGUCCGUUAACUCUGAAACUGAGCUACUUUAUGGGGUGCUGCACUGGCUGGAUGUGGACUGGCCCGCUCGGAUGGCGUGUGUGGGUAAUGUGCUUAAGAAUAUACGCUUCGCUUAUCUGGCCCCCAAAAUCCUUUGCCAAUUGAACGGGCUAGAUCGCGAUGAGAUGGGACCAUUCGGGCAUGUGUUGGACGUAUUCUCCAGGGUGCAAGAGAAGAAGAAACUUAUAGAGGAUGGUAUCUUCUACAGCACGUUGGUAAUCACCAUGGGUGGCGAUACCAGCAAGUUUAAGGAAUUACCCAGUGCCAGAAAGGAGCUAAUGGUGCCGCGCCGCUGGGUGCAAGAUACCCGCUGCACGUACCAUCGCCCCGUGACCAAACUAUGCCCCAACAUGCGCUCGAUAAGCUACGAGGAAUUCGUUACCUACUCUGAGACGCUGCAGGAAAGCGAUACAGAUUACGAACAGUAUAUUCUAUAUCCAACAGACGACGAUUACUGCAGUACUAAGUUAUCAACACUGUUCGAACAGGAACCGUCAAUGUCCGGCCACUCAUGGUCGUCUAACAUGAGCUGUUGCAGUGAUGUUUCCGAAGUAUCCGAUUCCUGUGUAUGGGAUUCACAAUCAAUAAAGUCAUGGGUUCGCUUAGAAAGCCCCAUAAGCUAUCAAAUGGAUAACAUUUCGAUUUGCUCGGUAUCCACUGGAUCCGAGAGUCGAGCAAGUCCAAGAAUGCAAAUAUCAGCCGACAAGGCAUCUACGCACUGGCAUGAGAGCAUAAAAGAGUUCAGGCCCUCGGCUAUCUGGCAAAAGUGGGAGAGUUCGCUGCUUACGGAACGCAACGAGUAGAGUGCUUCAAAAUUAGAAACUAGAAAUUUUUUUAAUAUUUGCAUAUUCAUUUUCUUAGGCCAGAGCCGUUUGUAACAGCAAUAUAAGUAC